GCGAGGCUGACGCUAGUUGCAGAAAACGUCACAGAUUUUUCGCUUUUUAAUUUAUUUUUUUAAACAGAGCAAUCUUGCCUCACUCUGCCGCUGGACUCCAUUCCAACCACUGAUUCAAUCACAUCCCUGAUUUCGCCUCAUCCUAUCGCCCGCUGUUCCUCAUAUUUUUAAUAAGGAAAAAUACAUCCUCAAAUUUCCACCAUGGCAAGCAACGAAGUCAAAUCGACGGCGAAAGAGGAUGAGAAUGCUGGAAACUGGAAAGAUUCCAUCUUCAACCCAAGGACCGGGGAGUUUUGCGGGCGCACAGCGAAGAGCUGGGGCCUCAUCCUCCUGUUCUACCUGGUGUUCUAUGCAUUCCUGGCUGGGAUGUUCGUCCUCACCAUUUGGGUCAUGCUGCUGACGCUAGACGACUAUGUGCCAAAGUACCGCGACCGGGUGCCACACCCAGGGUUGGUCAUCCGGCCAAAGCAAUUGGACAUGCUGUUUAACAGAUCACAACCUCUCCAGUUCAGCACGUAUGUCCAGACUUUAGAGUCUUACCUGCAACAGUACAAUGACACGGAGCAGGAGAGGAAUGAGGCGUGCGCGGCAGGGGUCUACUUUGAGCAGGAGGGAGAGGUGGGCGAGCAGAGGAAGGCCUGUCAGUUCAAGAGGAGCUCUCUGAGCCGCUGCUCCGGCCUGUCCGACUCCACCUUCGGUUACGCUGAGGGGAGACCAUGUGUCCUCCUCAAAAUGAAUAGGAUCAUUGGGCUGAAGCCGCGUGGAGAUCCCUAUGUCAACUGCACGGCAAAGAGGGACAACCCCAUACAGAUGCAGUACUUCCCCAGUGAGGGACGCUUCGAUAAAAUGUAUUUCCCUUACUACGGCAACAAACUUCAUGAGAGGUAUGUGCAGCCCGUGGUUGCUGUUAAGCUGUUGCUGAACAAGGAAGACUACAACACGGAGCUGACCAUUGAAUGCCGGAUUGAGGGAUCCGACCUGCGCAACAACGACGACCGAGACAAGUUCCUGGGCCGCGUCACCUUCCGAGUCACAGUCAAAGAGUAGUGAGGAGGAGGCUAGUGUGGAGAAAUGUGGUUCUUACUCCUCCCGGAAGAUUCCUGGUAGAAUAUGAUGGGCCUAAUUCCAAACCAAUCCCUCCACCCUCAGUCCAUAUACUAGGCGAGGGACAUUCAAAUCUGGUAUUUUUCACAUCACCUUGGUAGUUCAUUGAUUGGCCAGAUAAUCUACUCACCUGUUGUUACAGGUCAGUCUCUAGUUAGGCGGGAUGGGGAAGGAUUAAAACCAGCAGUUCUCUGAACCCUGAAUCCCGGAUUUGAAUACCCUUCUCUUAGGCUCUUGUUGACUCCAUCUUGUAUUUCUGAUAGGGUUGGAUAUGUGUAAGCAUAGCAAGAGUGCUAGAUGAAGCAAUUAUAUCAUAGCUGAUGCAUAUCCAUUCCUUUCAGAUCUACAGUGCAUCACACCCAAAAAGGGCCUAGGCUAGUGCCUACAAAUGUAGGAUCUUAAUUUGAUCAGUCUUUCGUUGCUGAGGAUUUAGCAGGAAAUGUAAACAAAGGCUUCUAAAGUUUGUCAUUUCCACUUUGAAAUUUCCGACUUGAUUUGCCCUAACAAAAAAUGUAUCCAGCCGUACAAAAAUUCCAUUAAUUAUAAUCCACAUAAUAAGUCACAUUUCCUGUUGCUGCAGGAUUAUCUCCCUGCUAUAGCAAACUGGCUCAAAUUAAGAUCCUACAUCUGUGAUGGUAGGGGGUGCGAGAUCGGUGUGCGAUUGGAUCAAAGGAUAGGGUAGUGAUGUCAUCAAUUUUCAACUAUCUCCUGGAAAAAGUGUUAAUCGUGCCAAAUUUAAUGGAACAUCUAGUUCCCUUGUUUACUUCUAUGUUUACUCUAGUACAGGCCUAGGCAACUCCAGUCCUCGGGGGCCUGAUUGGUGGUCACACUUUUGCCCCUGACUCCAAUAAUCACCUAAUCAUGAUGUUCAGUUAAAAAUGAAAUUAGUUUAGAUCAGGUGUGUUUGCUAGGGAUGGGGGGAAAAGUGUGACAUCAAUCAGGCCCGCGAGGACUGGAGUUGCCCAGGCCUGUACUAGAGUAAACAGUACGUAUGACAUAGUAUGACAUCAUAUUUGUCUUCUCUUUCAUUAUGUCAUUCUAGCAGGAGUCUUUUCUUGACUCACCAACCUAACGGCCAUCAGACCCUUCUAUUAGUCCGCUUUUGUUGUCUGACCCGGUGCUCUAGUGUUGACCUAGGCUCAGAUCUUAUCUUCUAUUCAGAUGGUCUAGAUUGGAGCUUAGAUGUGGUAAACUGAACCUAGAUCAGGGCUUAGUGCCAAGGGUUGGAUCAACUGUCAGGAGUUAGCCUCAAUCAGUAUUUAACCAUCAGUCAUCUACUGUCAAUACAACCAUGUUUAAAGUUGACCUUCUCAUCUAAAAACAGAACAAAUAAUUAUUCCUCAACAUCGAGUCAACCCCAGUGAAACACUGUCAAACCCAGAUGCCCUCUACAAUUACAUGUAAUUUAGAAUCCUUUUCCUCUUUGGACCACAAUUUGAACCGCGUCAUAUUGUAAUAGGGAACUGUAGAUAGGUGUGUGUGUGUGGUGUGGUCUUACCACAACCCAGUGGUGUGCCGUCUGUCCGGCUGCAUGUCUGUGUGUCUGUUUACUCUACCCCUUACCUCACCACUGUAAUAGCCAAUGUGGAUGAGGUGAGUUAUCCUCCCUCCCAUAUACACACACACACACACACACACACACACACAAAAGCGAUUGGAGACCUGCGAGGAAGCGCUGUGUAAAUGCAAUCCAUUGUAUCUAUGUACUGUAUAUGCCUAUCUUUGGGUGGAAAGCGUGUCUGUUUGUCUCUUACUCUCAAGUCUAUCCCUCCCUCUGUCUUUCUCAAUGUAUAUAUUUAAUGGAAUCACACAGUAUUUUUUUUCUGUCACAGAACACAAUGUCUAAGCACUGUAAAGAAGAAACUAUAUAAACAAAGAUUUACAGGACAUGGAUCAUAUUCAAAGCUAUGUUACGGUCUAAAAUGGAAUCCUGAAGGAACAACUUGUUAUCAUCUGCAUGAUGC